GUAAAAAUGUGAUAGUAAAGGCCAUAGUAGAUAUAUUCUAUAAUGAAUAAUAUGACUUUGGCUGUGGUUUUUGCGAUUUUAUUUAUCGGUGGAAUAUCCUCUGCUGCAAAUAAAGAAAUUGUCCAAAACUUAAGAAACAAUGCCCUUUGUCUUCAAACUGGAUUUUCUUGCCCCGAAGUGGACAGUCACACAUCAGUUUACUUUGCAAUAACAGAUUGCACCAAGUUCUGUCAAUGUUCCAACGGAGUUCCAUAUCUACAUAAUUGUCCGCAGGGGCUACAUUUUAAUCCCAGUCUUAAUGUUUGUGAUUAUCCUGCUCAGGCUGGAUGUACAGGUCAAGAGGUUGUGGUAAGUACAACAACAACUACUACUACUACCACUACCCCGGCUCCAGCUACCACCACUACGACUACCACAACACCUGUGCCCACUACUACUACGUCUACUACUCCUGUGCCGACCACGAACUCUACUUCAACUACUGCUCCUACAGCAGCAACUCCCACUACCACUACUUCUGCUCCAGUAACCACCACUAGGACGACCACAACUACUGCUCCCUCCACUACAUCCUCAACAACUGCUGCUACAACUAUAAAGGUUGAUAAUUUGUGUAUUCAGCAAAAUAUAGCUUGUCCAGCAGUUGAUGGACCAGAUUCCGUCUAUUUCUCACACAGCAACUGUUCUAAGUUUUGCCAAUGUUCCAACGGUGUGCCAUAUGAACAAACUUGUCCAGAAGGUCUUCAUUUUAAUACGAAAUUGAAUGUUUGUGAUUGGCCACAAAAUGCAGGAUGUACUGGAACCGAUGUAACUCAAUCGACUGUUGAACCCACCACAAUUACAACUGCCAAUCCUUCGCCAGUUGCAAACAGUACAACUACAGUUUCGUCUACUACAACUACAGAAGAAACUCUUCAGGACAGUACAACUCUUAGUGAUAAUAUUUGCCUUCGUGAAAAUAUAAUUUGUCCUACUGUUGACGGACCUACCUCAGUAUACGCAGCUGUGUCAGACUGCACCAAAUUUUGCCAGUGCUCAAAUGGUUAUCCAUACCAGCACAACUGUCCAGUAGGUUUACAUUUUAAUGCAAAACUCAACGUUUGCGACUGGCCUGAAGAUGCUGGGUGUACUGGAGGUACCACUGCAGUCACUACAACUACUCAAAGUACUACUUCCACAACCACUGUGAGAAGUACUAGCGAAACCACAGUAACUACAGAGGGUGUUACAACUGAUAGGGUUAAAAACGGAACUGAUAUUUGUCUUGAAAAUAGUAUAGUAUGUCCUGUUGUCGAUGGUCCUGACUCAGUAUAUGCUGCUUUACCCGAUUGUACCAGAUUCUGCCAAUGUUCAAACGGAUUACCAUAUUUGCACAGUUGUCCACAUGGUUUACAUUUUAACCCAAAUCUAAACGUAUGUGAUUGGCCUGAGGAUGCAGGAUGUACCAGUGGUACUACCACUACAGAAAGAAGUACUACACACACUGAAACUACUGAAGAAACAACUACAAUCACGGCAAGCAGCACUAAUGCAGAUGCUAGUACCACUCAAGAUAAUUCCAAUAGAUCAGAAAAUACAACAGAAAUAUGUUUACAGAAUAAUAUUAAAUGUCCUAAGACUGAUGGUCCUAAUUCCAUAUAUGGAGCAUUACCUGAUUGUACCAAAUUUUGUCAGUGUUCAAACGGAAUACCAUACUUGCAUAAUUGUCCAGUUGGAUUACAUUUUAAUCCUACUCUCAAUGUGUGCGACUGGCCUGAAGACGCAGGAUGUGUUGGUGAGGUCACAACAGAAAAGACAAUUGAAGAUAUUACCAGUGAGGUAACUACUGAAAAUAUAUCAACUGUAUCAUCUUCUAGCACAGCUUCAUCUGGAGCAAGUACCAAUAAUGAAAAUACUUCAUCUGAGUCAACCCCAGCAAGCACAGAUAAUAUUAGUACAGAGAACACGACUCAAGAUAUAACCACUUCUGAAGCGAGUACUAAUAAUAAUAAUAAUAAUAGUACUGCCAUAAGCACUGAAGGUACAACUGCUAACACUCAAACUGAAAGUAAUAGCACAGCAGAAAAUACGUCCGCAGGUAAUAAUACAACUGAAAAUACUAACACAGAAAAUAGUAGCACAGAAGGUAAUACAACUGAAAAUACUAACGAAGAAAAUAGCAGUACAGAAAGUACUACCACAGAAGUACGUUCAACAAGUGGAGAAAAUUCAUCUGACGGUAGUACUACUGUCGCUCCACGAAAUGAAACAUUAUGUCUUCAAAACAACAUUGUUUGCCCAGCCAUCGAUGGAGCUGACUCAGUUUAUGCUUCUUUACCCGACUGUACCAAAUUCUGUCAAUGUUCAAACGGAGUAGCUUAUCUUCAACAUUGUCCAGCUGGCCUACAUUUUAAUCCUUCACUCAAUGUAUGUGAUUGGCCAGAAGAUGCAGGUUGCACAAGAGGUAAUAAUACUACUGGCAUCAGCACUGAAGGUACAACUAUCAGCACCCAAGCUGAAAAUAUUAGUACAGAGGAGAGUACCUCUGCAAGUAAUAGCCAAGAAGGCAAUACAACUGAAAAUAACGCACAAAAUAGUACCACCGAAAUAACUACUACCGAAGCUAGUAUUACAAGUGACACUAGCGUAGAUGUAACAGAAGAAAAUUCCAACAAAAGUACUACUGCGACUCCACAAACUGAGUUAGAACUAUGUAUACAACACAACGUUGUUUGUCCUGAAGUUGACGGACCAGAGUCAGUUUAUGCCCGCUUACCCGACUGUACCAAAUUCUGUCAGUGUUCUAAUGGGGUACCGUAUCUCCAUACUUGUCCAGUAGGUCUACAUUUCAAUCCUUUACUAAAUGUAUGUGAUUGGCCAGAAGAUGCAGGCUGUAACAAUGCAAUAGAUGUAACCGAAAGUACUUCAACAGAAGAAAGUACUAGUACUACGGACAGUCAAACUGAAACUACAACUGGUGAUAAUGUAACUGAUAAUGUUACAACAGAAGACAAUAUUUCUAGUAGUACAACAGAUAAUAAUCAAGAAACAAGCACUCCUAAUAGUGCCACAGAUGUAAGCACUACUGAAAAUAAUACAGAUGCCACUAGUACUACGGACAGUCAAACCGAAACUACAACUGGUGAUAACGUAACUGAUAAUGUUACAACAGAAGGGAACAUUUCCAGUAGCACAACAGAUAAUAAUCAAGAAACAAGCACUCCUAAUAGAACCACAGACGUAAGCACUACUGAAAACAAUACCGAUGUCAAUAGUACUACAGACAGUCAAACCGAAACUACAACUGGUGAUAAUGUAACUGAUAAUGUUACAACAGAAGACAACGUUUCUAAUAGUACAACAGAUAAUAAUCAAGAAACAAGCACUCCUAAUAGUGCCACAAAUGUAAGCACUACUGAAAAUAAUACAGAUAUCACUAGUACUACGGACAGUCCAACUGAAACUACAACUGGUGAUAAUGUAACUGAUAAUGUUACAACAGAAGGGAACAUUUCCAGUAGCACAACAGAUAAUAAUCAAGGAACAAGCACUCCUAAUAGUGCCACAGAUGUAAGCACUACUGAAAAUAAUACCGAUGUCAAUAGUACUACAGACAGACAAACCGAAACUACAACUGGUGAUAAUGUAACUGAUAAUGUUACAACAGAAGACAACAUUUCUAGUAGUACAACAGAUAAUAAUCAAGAAACAAGCACUCCUAGUAGUACCACAGAUGUAAACACUACUGAAAAUAAUACAGAUGCCACUAGUACUACGGACAGUCAAACCGAAACUACAACUGGUGAUAAUGUAACUGAUAAUGUUACAACAGAAGAGAACAUGUCCAGUAGCACAACAGAUAAUAAUCAAGGAACCAGCACUCCUAAUAGUACCACAGACGUAAGCACUAUUGAAAACAAUAUAGAUGUCACUAGUACUACGGAUAGUCAAACCGAAACAACAACAGAUGAUAAUCUAAUUGAUAAUGUAACGACAGAAGAGAACAUUUCCAGUAGCACAACUGAUAAUAAUCAAGGAACAAGCACGCCUAAUAGUACCACAGACGUAAGCACUACUGAAAACAAUACAGAUAUCACUAGUACUACGGACAGUCAAACUGAAACUACAACUGGUGAUAAUGUAACUGAUAAUGUUACAACAGAAGACAACAUUUCUAGUAGUACAACAGAUAAUAAUCAAGAAACAAGCACUCCUAAUAGUGCCACUGAUGUAAGCACUACUGAAAACAAUACAGAUGCCACUAGUAGUACGGACAGUCAAACCGAAACUACAACUGGUGAUAAUGUAACUGAUAAUGUUACAACAGAAGAGAACAUGUCCAGUAGCACAACAGAUAAUAAUCAAGGAACCAGCACUCCUAAUAGUACCACAGACGUAAGCACUACUGAAAACAAUACAGAUGCCACUAGUACUACGGACAGUCAAACCGAAACUACAACUGGUGAUAAUGUAACUGAUAAUAGUACCACAGCCGUAAGCACUACUGAAAACAAUACCGAUGUCAAUAGUACUACAGACAGUCAAACCGAAACUACAACUGGUGAUAAUGUAACUGAUAAUGUUACAACAGAGGACAACAUUUCUAGUACUACAACAGAUAAUAAUCAAGAAACAAGCACUCCUAAUAGUGCCACAGAUGUAAGCACUACUGAAAACAAUACAGAUGCCACUAGUACUACGGACAGUCAAACCGAAACUACAACUGGUGAUAAUGUAACUGAUAAUGUUACAACAGAAGACAACAUUUCUAGUAGUACAACAGAUAAUAAUCAAGGAACGAACACUCCUAAUAGUGCCACAGAUGUAAGCACUACUGAAAACAAUACCGAUGUCAAUAGUACUACAGACAGUCAAACCGAAACUACAACUGGUGAUAAUGUAACUGAUAAUGUUACAACAGAAGACAACAUUUCUAGUAGUACAACAGAUAAUAAUCAAGGAACGAACACUCCUAAUAGUGCCACAGAUGUGAGCAAUCCUGAAAACAAUACAGAUGUCACUAGUACUACGGACAGUCAAACUGAAACUACAACUGGUGAUAAUGUAACUGAUAAUGUUACAACAGAAGAGAACAUUUCCAGUAGCACAACAGAUAGUAAUCAAGAAACAAGCACUCCUAAUAGUGCCACAGAUGUAAGUACUACUGAAAACAAUACAGAUGUCACUAGUACUACGGGAAGUCAAACCGAAACUACAACUGGUGAUAAUGUAACUGAUAAUGUUACAACAGAAGAGAACAUUUCUAGUAGUACAACAGAUAAUGAUCAAGGAACAAGCACGCCUAAUAGUACCACAGACGUAAGCUCUACUGAAAACAAUACAGAUGUCACUAGUACUACGGACAGUCAAACCGAAACAACAACUGAUGAUAAUGUAAAUGAUAAUGUUACAACAGAAGAGAACAUUUCCAGUAGCACAACUGAUAAUAAUCAAGGAACAAGCACGCCUAAUAGUACUACAGAUGUAAGCACUACUGAAAACAAUACAGAUGUCACUAGUACUACAGGAAGUCAAACUGAAACUACAACUGGUGAUAAUGUAACUGAUAAUGUUACAACAGAAGAGAACAUUUCUAGUAGCACAACAGAUAAUGAUCAAGAAACAAGCACGCCUAAUAGUACCACAGACGUAAGCUCUACUGAAAACAAUACAGAUGUCACUAGUACUACGGACAGUCAAACUGAAACUGCAACUGGUGAUAAUGUAACUGAUAAUGUUACAACAGAAGAGAAUAUUUCCAGUAGCACAACAGAUAGUAAUCAAGAAACAAGCACUCCUAGUAGUAACACAGACGUAAGCACUAUUGAAAACGUUACAGAGAUCACUAGUACUACGGGUAGUCAAACCGAAACUACAACUGAUAAAAAUGUCACUGACAACUCAACAACAGGUGAAAAUACAACUAACAAUAUGACAACAGAAGAUAAUGUUUCUAGUAGCUCAACAGACAAUGUUUCAACAGAGUCUGUUAGUUCAACUGAUAUGACAAAUACUCCUUCUUCUGAAGAUAUACCUAAGAACGGAACAGUACUGUGUCUCCAACAUUCUGUAGUUUGUCCUGAAAUUGAUGGACAGGUCUCAGUUUACGCUUCCUUACCUGAUUGUACCAAAUUCUGCCAAUGUUCAAAUGGGGUACCAUAUUUGCAUAACUGUCCACUUGGUCUACAUUUCAAUCCUUCCCUUAAUGUCUGCGAUUGGCCAGAGGAUGCAGGAUGUAAUAGAUCUAAUAGUACUAUUUUGAGCACUGAAGGCACAACUGCCGUGACUUCUACUAAUAAUAAUAUUGAUGAAGAGACUACAUCUGCAAGCAAUAGUACCGAAGUAGAUACUACCGUAGAUAUUACUUCUACAGAAGCUAGUGGUUCAAGCACAGAUAUAACAAAAGAUGAUGCUAGCAAUACAACUGUUGCUCCAGAAAAUGGAACAGAAAUAUGUCUUCAAAACAAUGUUGUUUGUCCUGCAAUCGAUGGAGCAGAUUCAGUGUUCACAUCUAUCUCUGAUUGUACCAAAUUUUGUCUAUGUUCAAAUGGGGUACCAUAUCUUUACAAAUGUCCAGGAGGUUUACACUUUAAUCCUUCACUAAACGUAUGUGACUGGCCUCAAAAUGUUGCAUGCACCAAUAAUAACGCUACAACUCCUGCAGUAACAACGGAGAGUACAAAUACAGACGAAACUACAACGGAAAUAAGUACCACUGAAAGUAAUGCUGUUGUAAAUGGAACUGAAACUUGUCUAAAAAAUAAUGUUGCUUGCCCCGUCGUUGACGGACAGGAUUCAGUCUACGCUGCUUUACCUGACUGCUCCAAAUUUUGCCUGUGUCUGAAUGGUGUACCGUUCGAACAUCAAUGUUCAGAUGGUCUGCUCUUUAAUCCACGAUCAAAUACCUGCGAUUGGCCUCAAAGAACAUCUUGUUCUAAUGAGAAUAACGUGACCACCUCAGCAGGUCCCGCCGUUUCUACCGAAGAUAUCACAGCAGAAGACACAACUGUACAAAGUAGUUCAACGAGUACUGGUGAGAAUGAAGUAACAGGUUCUGCAGUUCCAGUUGCUUCUACUGAAGUUAUCGCAACAGAAGAUACAACUGUACAAAGUGGCUCAACAAGUACUGGGGAGAAUAACGUAACAGAUUCUGUUCCCACUGUUUCUACUGAAGUUAUCGCCACAGAAGACACAACUGUACAAAAUAGUUCAACAAGUGAAGAAAACCGCAACGAACCACUACUUGGAUCGGAAGACUGUUUGCAAAAUAAUGUUGUUUGCCCAGCAGUAGAUGGCGAGUUCCCAGUAUAUACCGCACUCCCAGAUUGCACCAAAUUCUGCCAAUGUUCGAAUGGAGCACCAUAUCUUUACAACUGUCCAGGAGGUCUACACUUCAAUCCUUCAAUUAACACAUGCGAUUGGCCGGAAGAUGCUGGUUGUGAAAAAUCCAAUUAAAAGGAUCAAAUUUUUCAAAUAUUUUGGUAUUACAAAUGUAGAAUAAAAUAAAAUGGUUAUGAAAUACUGAUUACUGAUAUACUCAUAAUAAUAUACUGAUUUUAUAUUUUGAUCUUAAGAGAUUAUAAAAAUAAAUUAUACUAGAUAA